UUUCUCACUCCGGUCAUAAGGCAGGACAUUUUUAUUCGUAGUUAAAGAAGGCUACUACCACUUCCUUUUUUCUAAUUCACUAGCACGUCCUGCUCUUCGGAAAAGAACGUUCUCAGAUGAGCUCCUGGGGGCUGCUUCGGAGUUGUGCUGCUCGGAGGUCAGAACCAGCCCCGUUGCUCCUGAGAAAAGCCCUCGUCUGGCCUCUGAGCAGGGCGGGCCAGGCCUCCAUGCUGCUGUGGGUGUCGGUGCUGGUCCUGGCGCCUGUCAGUGCACAAUCUGAAGCUGCGUCCAAACCUGUGAUUUCCCUCCAUCCUCCUUGGACCGUCGUCUUCAUAGGAGAGACGGUGACUCUGACCUGCAAUGUGUCUCACUUCCUCGCACCAGAGAAAAGACGGCACUUCCUCUGGUAUCGCCAGGAUGUUAAACUAGAUGAAACCCUGGGAAACACCCUGCAGGCCCAUGCCUCUGGACAGUAUAGAUGCCAGACCCAGGACUCGCUCCUGAGUGACUACGUGAGCCUGACCUUUUCUUCAGCGAACCUGAUCCUGCAGGGGCCCCCUUCCGUGUUCGAAGGCGACUCUGUGGUUCUGAGAUGCCGAGCAAACACAGAACUAGCCCUGAAAACCAUAACGUUCUACAGGCGUGGCGAGGUCCUGACCACGUCCGACGACAGCUCUGACUUCCACAUUAAACAGGCGGGACUCAAACAUAAUGGAGACUACCACUGUUCUGGGGUUAAGAACGACAGUUCUUACACUUCAAACUCAGUCCAUAUCCAAGUCCAAGAGCUGUUUCCACGUCCCAGGCUGACAGACAGCUCCUCCUGGACCGUCUCUGGAAAGUCAGUGGCCCUGACCUGUGAGACCCAGCUCCCUCCACAGAGGUCGCACGUCAAGCUCUGGUUCCACUUCUUCAGAGACAAUCACAUGCUGCAUUGGGGCUUGGAAAACUUCCUGAAAAUCUCGACCAUCACCACGAGGGGCAGAGACGCAUCGAAUUACUGGUGCAAGGCCUGCAAAUGGUCUUCCGAUGUCUGCAAACAGAGCCCAAAAUUCCAGCUACCUGUGCUGAUCCCUGUGUCUCGUCCUGUCCUCACCCUCAGCCCCCGUGGGCACCGAGUUCUUGAGGGACACACGGUGACGCUUUCCUGUAAAGUCGAGAGAGGCUCUUUCCCAAUCUGGUACCAGUUCCUUCGUGAAGAAGUCGUCAUCCAUAAGAUGGAGGCCACUCAGGCCACGAAGCCUCUCAUGUCUCUGAAGGCAGAGCAUUCUGGAAACUACUACUGCACCGCAGACAACGGCCUGGGAGCCCAGCGCAGCAUACCAGUGUACCUCACUGUCACCGUCCCCGUGUCUCGUCCUGUCCUCACCCUCAGCCCCCGUGAGGCCUCGGUUCCUGAGGGACACACGGUGACACUUUCCUGUAAAGCCGAGAGAGCGUCGCCCCCCAUCAUGUACAAGUUUUACCACGAGGAUGUCAGCCUGGGGGAGAGGUCGGCCAGGUCUACAGGAGUGUCCCUCCGUGUCACAGUGACAGCAAAGGAGUCUGGGAACUACUUCUGUACCGCUGACAAUGGCUUUGGGCCCCAGCGCAGUGAGACCAAGAGCCUCUCUGUCAAAGAGCAGGUGGCACUGACCCGUACCGACUACGAGCCCGAAGCCACUCUGCUCGCAGACCACCAGCUAUUUUCCUGCUUCCCCGCCGUCGCUGCUGCUGCCUCUGAGGCCCUCCCUUCCCUCUGUCUCAUGACGUCUGCCACGCCGGAGGGCCGCUCGGAUUCUGGCUGCGACUCCUUGGUGUGUCUCAGCCUCUGCCCAUCCGCCAAGCCAGACGGCUCGCGCCAAACAGCGGCUCUAACUGCGUCCCGCCCCGUCCUCACCAUCAGGAAGCCCAGGGCCCAGGCCGUGGAGGGGGACGUGGUGGAGCUUCAUUGCAAGGCCCCGAGGGGCUCUCCCCCCAUCCUGUACCGGUUUUAUCACAAGGACAACGCUGUGGGGAGCAGCUGGGUCUAUGAUGGAGGAGGAGCCUUCUUCAACCUGCCUCUGACUGCAGAACAUUCUGGAGAAUACGCCUGUGAGGCCGACAAUGGACUGGGGACUCGGCGCAGUGAGACAGUGUCACUCAGCGUCAAAGGGCAAUUCCAGGGCUCUAGCCUUCUUCCUGACUCAGGGCCUUUGCACAUGCUCCCUGUGUGCCUGGCAGAAUCCUCAUGUCCAGCUUCACUGGUGGAUUUCAGGUGCCUGGUGAGGAGGCGUUCCCUGACCAGCUCUGCUAGCUCGGGCCCCUGGGAUGACACCCUGCACCGCACACUCGUGUCCAUUUGUGUUCGCCACCCCAGAGCCCAUCCUGCACGUGCUGUUCACGUAUUUGCUGCCCAUCCCGCACCCCGGGUCGCAGCUUUGGCAGAGCGGGGACGGGUCUUUCUCACUCUUGAAUCCCCAGCACACAGUGCACCUCCUGGGACUUACUUGGAAAGCCAGCCUGCAAUGGGAAAGCCAGGCUGCCGUGGGCCUGCCCUGGCCUCCACCUCAGUCUGCACAGGGGCGUUCCUUCAUCCUUCAUGGCCGUGUCUCAACACAACUUUCCCAGCAUCCUGCCCCGCCCUCACCCUUAGGGUGCCCGGGGCCCAGGCCCAGGUGGGGGACGUGGUGGAGCUUCGCUGCGAGGCCCAGAGGGGCUCUCCCCCACUCCUGUACCGGUUUUAUCGUGAGGACAUCCCCCUGGGGAACAGCUCGGCCCCCGCUGGAGGAGGAGCGUCCUUCAACCUCUCUCUGACCGCAGAACAUUCUGGAAACUACUCCUGUGAGGCUGACAAUGGCCUGGGGGCCCAGCGCAGUGAGGCGGUGUCCCUCAGCAUCUCAGGGCUGGCCGGGAGCAUAAGUGGUCCCAUUGCUACUGGCAUCACCGGGGGGCUGUUUAGCGCCCUGGUCUUCGGGGUCGUGGCCCUGCUGCUGUACUGCCGGCGCCCCAGGAAGGCAGGAGGAAGGCCUACCUCUGAGCCCUCCAGGAGCCCUGCAGACUCCGACGCCCGAGAGCCCACCUACCACAACGUCCCAACCUGGCUGGAGCUGCAGCCGGUGUACAGCAAUGUAAAUCCUAAAGGAGGAGAAGUGGUCUACACGGAGGUCCGGAGGGGUCACCAGGGGGACAGGCCUGCAGCGAACUCGGACUCUGCUCUGCUCUUUUGGACCCACCUGCCCUCCCGCAGCCAGGCCGCCAGCCACAGGCCUGCCGACCCCCAGGGCUCGUCUGUCAUCUACUCCCAGGUGAAGGCGGCGCGCCCCCCGGCCUCCACGGCUCUUCGCAGCUGACUCCACACACACCCCCUGCGUCGCAAACCACCCUGGGGGCAAGGACCCUGGCCUCCGCCCUCGGCGUGACAGCAGGACACUGCCAUCUCCUGAGUGACAGUCCACCCCUCGUGGUCUUUCUGUCCAGUGCCCUGGCUUCCUUAGCCGGCUUCGGCGGGGGCCUUGUUCUGGGUCCCCCUCCCACGCACUCCCUGACCACUCCCAGUGGGGCCUGUUCCCAGACCUCGAGGAGGCCACCUGUCCCCUUCCUGUGGACACCUGCCCCCACAGACACCUGCCCCCCCACAGACACCUGCUCCUGUGCACAUGGCCCACACCUCUGUCCCUUCCCGUGAGUCCUCCGGUGUGGGAGCGGGAACGCCUCCCAUCUGUGCAGAGCUGCUGUCGGGAGGCUCACCCCAUCCCCGCGAGGAGACCCACACAUUCCAACAGAGACACGUCAGAACAUCGGACUGAGGAGGCCCGACAGCCAGUAGGAACCUCGACCGGAUUCUGGGUCGAGAAAAAGUCACAGGAGACACUUUGGGGGCAUUUGGGGAAAACUGAACAUGAACUAUUUAUUAUUGAUACCAUUAAGUCAGUGAUCUGACAUCACUUUAAGAAUAUUUGAAAAUAUUUGAAACACCUUGAAGUGAUUCAGUAGAACUUU